CUAAAAAUUUUUACACAAAUCCCAAGAAAUUCCAUUUUCCUUUAGACAUGAAUUCAUGCAACCAUUAAAGAAAAUAUAUAUUUCUUGCAACAUAUAGCAAACAACAAACUUUAUUUAUUAUAUAUUAUACCUAGCUAGGGUUUUCCUCUUUUUGGAAAACCUAUUUAGGGUUUUUUCAUCAAUUUUGGCAACAUUUUUUUUUUCCAAAUUUAAGUUUUAGGGUUUCAUUUUAGAAACACAAAAUAUUAUAUAAGUAACUUGAGAAGAAUUUGAGAAAAAAAUGGAAGAAGUGAAAGAAGAAACUCAAUUACCACCAGGAUUUAGAUUUCAUCCAACAGAUGAAGAGCUUAUAACAUUUUAUUUAGUGAACAAAAUAAAUGAUGUUAAUUUUACUGGAAGAGCUAUUGCUGAUGUUGAUCUAAACAAAUCUGAGCCAUGGGAUCUUCCAGGAAAGGCAAAAAUGGGAGGAAAAGAAUGGUAUUUUUUCAGCCUACGUGAUAGAAAAUAUCCAACAGGAGUAAGAACAAAUAGAGCAACAAAUAGUGGAUAUUGGAAAACUACUGGAAAAGAUAAAGAGAUUUUUAAUAGCAAAAAUAAUAAUUCAGAAUUAAUUGGGAUGAAAAAAACAUUAGUUUUCUAUAAAGGAAGAGCACCUAGAGGUGAAAAAUCAAAUUGGGUCAUGCAUGAAUAUAGAAUUCGAUCCAAAUCUUCUUAUAAAACAAACAAGCAAGAUGAAUGGGUGGUUUGUAGAAUUUUCCAAAAGAGUGUAGGAUUGAAGAAGUACCCUACUAACCAAUAUUCAAGGGCAACAUACUCUCUCAACAACACUCAAAAUAAUGCAUCAAUAAUGUCAUCACAAAUGAUGCAAUUACCUCAUGAUCAUCAAGGGUUCCAAUUUGCAAUGGGAAGAAAUAAUAAUAAUUACAUGAAUAAUCAUGGUCAUGAAAUUCAAGAUCUUAAUAAUAGGGUUAUUUUUCAAAGUGGUUCAUCAAAUAUGAUCAACAAUUUCCCAAUACAACCCCAAAUGAGUUACAAUAUUGGAGGUGGUAGUACUAGUAGUGGCGCAGGAGGAGGAGAUAAUAAUAAUAAUUACUUCAGUAUUUCAGGCUUAAACUUGAAUCUUGGUGGUGGGGUCGUUGCCUCUUCUCAACCAAUUUUUAGGCCAAUGCCCGCCCCCGCGCCACAUAUACCACCACAAGUUAUGAGUCAACAAGAAGUGGCUUCUUCUAUGAUGGCCAAUUGUGCAACUACAAGUUAUGGAGGUGAAAUGAAUAAUGCAAAUACUAUGAAUAAUAGUGUCAUGACCAUGGACAAUUGUGCUGAUUUAGACAACUAUUGGACUAGUUAUUGAUCAAGAAGAAGAUGUUUUUUUACACAAAAAGCCACUUUUUUUGGCCUUGUAUUUGGAAGUAAUGUUAAUUAGAUUAUGUUAGUUUGGCACUAGUGUUAUAUUUAAUUUCUUCUACUUAGAAAACAAAGUAUGUUGUAAUG